CCAGAAUAAAAUUUAUUUUUCUUCUUCUUCUUCUACAACUUAUUUGAAAGUGAAAUAACAAUUGUUUUUUAUUAUCAAAAAAAUCGAUAAUGAAGUAUUUUUAGGCCAACUUUUGAACGUAACAAAUGCUAUGGUUCUUAGAGAUAUUUGUACACUAAUGGUAAAACUUGCAGGAAAAAAAAAUGAUGGAACAGCUAGAAAUACACAAGUUCAACCAAGUAUAUGCAACCAUACUGCAGCUAUAUGAUGUUCCCAUCGACCCCCUCCACAAUACGGUUUGAACCCCACAGAGUUCACAAGACGGCGAAGACCCUCCACGAAGAUGCAUCACCGGUGGAAGCAGGGAUGUCGCAACCCCGUAGGCUAUAUACCUAGCAGAUGGCGGGGACAUCUUCAGUCCUCAGCUAGUCACCACCUCAACAACAGAGAGAUUUCUCCUAGAAAAUAGAACGAGUGAUAUAUCAAUUUUCGCCAAACUGAUACGAAGAAUGGACAGCUGCUAGAAGAUUUUUCAAAGCUUAUACUCUAUAACACAAAGAGCUGAAACGGAGACAAGUUUCAUUGCCUUACCUUGUUAAAACUGUAGACAUGCUAGCUACCCUUGCAAUACAAAUACUGCUUUCGGGGGUUGCGCUCGGGGAUGUGAGUGAGAAACUCCGCCUAGGAUUGCUGCCGUCGAGCUCUAACUACCCAGGGUUACUAACACCUUUAGAAAGUGCAGCAGCAACACCUGUACAAAAAACACUGCACUCAAACAGAAGGCACGACGAGGACAAUCUAGAACGACUCUGUAACGACCCAUUCCACAGCUUCCUCUGCAAACCAGUUACAGUCCGCAGAAGAAGGAUCAAUGGUAGAUUGCGUCCUGGCGCCGUUAUUCCAUCAGGUGCUUUCAUCCAACCGGGAAUAGUACCGGAAGCCUCCAAUGUACAAGAGUCUUCCCAACUACUUGAAUCUAAUUCAGAUCUCGUAAGACAAGGAAAGAGCUACCUGCCUCCUAUUGAAGCCGAAGCUCCCAAAAAACUGAUUGAACCACAAUACCUUCCUCCAGGUUCUUUUAAGACAUCUGAACUUUCUAAUGUUGAAAGAACACAAGAAAGCAAAAUUUCUUAUGCCACAUCACCAAAGAACAGAAACGGAUUGCUGCCGGACGAAACUGAGAAGACACCGAAAAAGGUAGAUCAGCCACAAAAUUAUGGGCAAAAGCCUCGGAUAGAACCUGAUAACAGAGCAAAAAAUUCAAAACAGAUACAACUGAACAAACUUCCAAGAAAUUAUUUACCAAUUGAUGAAUCAGUGUCUCCUGACAGUUCAAACCUUUCUCCAAGUAUACAGAAUUUACCACUACAGGGAUUAGCUGCUCAAAACCGAGAACGUAAAGAUGAAAGUCAUUCACUGGAGAGGCUUUGUAACGAUCCAUUUCACAGCUUCUUAUGUAAACCUGGUAAAAGGAGAAAGAGGAUUGAUGGCCGGCUCCGUCCGGAAGCUAAGAUCCCCCCGAGCGCCUUGAUCGCUUCCAGUUCUAUCGUCAGGGAAUCAAGAGUGCUUCCUUCACAACCUAGAUCUGUAAGGCAACCAUCGAAUACCAGAGGUGCUCGUGACAAUUAUCUACCACCCAAUCAGGAUAAACCACAAUCGACAUACCAAAAUCAACAGACGUACAUUCCGCCUCAAGAUACAUUCGGAUACAAUUAUCCCAAACCCUCUAAUAAUGGAACGAUAGCAGUUAACAAUGGCUACAGUUACGAAAAACCUUCCAAUACCUUACCUGAUAUAACAACAGUAAGUCCUUCACAGAUAAGUAAUACAUUGGCAACUUCGCCUCAGGCAGACAUUUCGCAAGAUAUCGUCCCUCCGUCCUCCGGGUAUCAAUAUGUGCCACCACCAAAUGGAUUGACGGUAACAACAAUCCCGCCUCUGACAACCCAAACACUACUACCAAAUGCGGAUGGAACAAGCAUCCAAGAGACAGUGAACAGUGGAGGAGAAAACGGUUACUAUUAUCCUAAACCAUCCUCUGCGGCAUCAACAACAGUAGUUCAAACAAGUCCAUACUCCACGGCCCCGCCUCAAGAGAGUACCGACAUACCAACUGGAACGGUCGGGGGCUACAAUUAUCCUAAGCCAUCUAAUCCAUUGACCUUACCAUCAACCACAUUCCUGACAACAACGCCAAGAGCAGGAGAAACUACAACUAAAACUCCUAGUUACCAAUCAUCGGAAACUCAAACUACUGCCGGGGGUUACACAUAUCCCAAACCAUCAAAUAACAAACAAAAAUCUGGUUAUAAUUAUGAAAAACCUUCUGUGGAAUUUACACUGCCAGCGGCCGCAACGAAUCCCGCAACUAAUACAAUUAUAACUCAAACAACACCUCCACCAGUUAGCAUUACAACAGAAUCACCAGGGACAACAUUCGGUUAUCAAUAUCCAAAACCAUCAAACACGCAGGAGAACAUAGUUUCUCCUAAUCAAACUGGCUACGCAUAUCCUAAACCAUCGAUUAGUUUAACUUACCCAACAACGCAAAGGCCAGAAACCACAAAAGCUACCUCCUCUCGACCCACGAUAGUCACGACAACACGUCCUGCCCUAAGCAUUACUACUGAUGAAAACCCAACGACCGGGUAUCAGUACCCCAAACCAACAAUAAAUCAAGAUAUUGCAGUACCCUCAAGUCAGUCGGGUUACAAUUAUCCAAAACCUUCAGUAGGCUUCACCUAUCCUUCAGCAAAGCAGCCAGAAACCGCUGACGCAACACAAACGGUGAUGACAACAACAAUAAAACCAGAAUUAGAAACAUCCAGUAUUCAAAAUAUUCCAGCGGCUAGUCAAACUGGAUACGUAUAUGAGAAACCUUCAAAUAGCCUCACGUUACCAACUAAAAAACCAUCAACUUAUAUAACGCAAUCUUCAGAAGCAACAAAUAUCAAUCAAGAUAUUGUACCCCCAACUCAGGAAGGAUAUGUGUACGAAAAACCGACAUACUCAACCACUGUAAAACCAGCAUCAACCCAAACAGUUCCUGCAUACAUUACCACAAUAAGUAAUUUGCAAACAACUAUGCAAACAACAGAUAGUUACCAAUACCCAAAGCCUUCAAAAAACCCCUUUCAGGAUGGUUAUCAGUAUCCUAAACCGGCCCAACCAUUCCCACCACAAAGUGUCAAACCCUCGACGCUUGAAACGACACAAACAUUUAUAACUAACCCAACAACACAGCAAUCAACAACAGAAGGUUACCAGUAUCCUAAGCCGUCCAAUGAACAAAUGGUUGAAUCACCCAGUCAAAAUGGUUACGUUUAUGAAAAACCUGAAAUCAGUUUCACUUUACCGAAUUCGGGAUCAGAAACUUCAGUGGCACAGACCAUUCAAACCACAACUUCGGCCGCGGCUACUUCAUUGAUAACAACUAAACUAACGACGGGAUAUGAAUACCCAAAUCCUUCAAACAUUCAAAAUGAUGUACUCACUCCUCCCAAGCAGUCAGGUUACACCUAUCCUAAGCCGUCUUCUUCUUUCACAUACCCCAGUACAACGGUUCCAAGUUAUCCUACAGUCGAAAUAACAACUAAUGUACCUACUACAACAAAGCCAACAACAUUGCAGUCACAAUCUACUGAAAACGUUCAAAAAGAACAAACUGGAUACAACUAUGAAAAACCACCACAACCAUUCACAUAUCCUCGUCCAACAUUCAGUACGACCUCUUACACCCGGCCGUUGAACAGCUUCCAGUAUCCGAAACCGAAUUUCCCACAGGCCCAGGGUUCAGCGACUCAAAAUGGCUACACGUACCAGAGGCCUGUGGCCCCAACACCGUUAACGGCUGAUCAAGGUUACCAUUACGGGAAGCCAAGCAACCCUCUUUCGCUUCCUCCAAGGCAGCGUUCAGCAAGGAAUUAUCGGAGAACUCAGCAGUAUCCAACGAGGAGGGACUUCGGUAGUUUUAUAUUUUGAAAAUUGUAUUUAAUAUAAAUUAUUGUAAAUACUAAUUUUAUUUCCUAGCAUAGUUAUUUUGAUUACUUUUAUAAUAAAAUAAUUAAUAAAAUUGUUUUGCUCAUUUUUCCUUUACCUUUACAAUAUAAUAUGAAGGGUGUAAAUUUUCUUUAAUUUAAU